AUGAUGGAUGAACAAGGUGUCUCAGUUAGAGAUCUAUUAGUCAAUGAUAUCAAGUCAAUCAAGAAGACACUUAAAAGUUGGACUAAAGUGUUUACUUAAAUAAUGGAAUUACAAUUAUAGAAUUCUAAACAACAAAAUCAGAAUGUAUCAUACUACUUAAUAAUACUUAGACUAUUCUCAUAUAGCAGAUAUUGUCAUACUUCUCUAAACCAAACAAGAAACCACAAUAAAUGCCAAUCUCUCCUAUUCGAAAGAUGGUACAUAAAACUGAGCCAGAUGAUUUCUUUCUCAGAAAAUUCGAAGAUACAGAUAUAUACAACAAUGAAAACCUUUAAAAUGAACUAAAUAAUCCUAAAAAGGUUAACAUAUUCAUAUUUUAGAUAUCCAUAGUUAAUUAUUAAGGAACCCCAUUUGAUAGUGCUUAUUAAAGUAUAAACAGAGAAAUGCAAUAAUAUUAUGAACCUGAAAAUUAAGUGACAGAGCCAUCUGCAGAAGUCUUUUAGAACUUUAAAAAAAUGGGGCAGUAAGGUGUUAAAGCUUCUCUUAAUAUGGAAGGAUUUUCAUUGCCUUAAAGUACAAAAAAUAACACUGAACGAAAACAAUUUAUACAACCUUGUACUCAUUCAUCUAAACAAUUACAAUUAUAAGAAUCUAAAGAAAAUAUGAAAAACUCUAAAUAAAUUGAAAACAAAAAAAUUAAAAUUAAAGAUUAAAGAUUAUCAACUGUUGUUGAGGAACCUUCAGCAUUUUUGAAUAGUUAAUAAACUACUAAAUGUAUAAUAUUAAUCUAUUAUUUUAGAGGUUCUUCUUAAUAUCGGAGGAUCCCAAAAUAUUGUCCAAUCUUGUUAAAAUAAAAAUUCUUUUGCAGGAUUUGAGUUUCAAAUACCGUUGUAGUAAUCUAUUUCUAAAACACCAAACAAUAAUACCAAACCAUAAAAUUAUUUUGCAGAUAAUACAAGAUCAGGCUCUAAGUCAUUGUAUUAGAAUAACAUUCCUUAGAAUAUAUAAUAUAUUAACAAUUCCAAUAAUAAAUAAAAUCAAAUUAAAUAUGAGUACCUUAGUUCAGUAUUUAAAUUUUAUAAUAUUUAGAGAGCUAAAAGUUUUAGUGAUCAAAAUAGCAAAAGAAAUUAAAGUAAAAAAUACUUAGAUUUAGAAUUGAUUGAUAAGUAAUAUGAAAAUAGUUAGGAGAUCCUGAAAAAAACAAAUACUAUGCGCAAAACAUGA